AUGCUCAUCAUCACUUUGUUAAUAAUUCUCCUUACUAGCAAUAAUUCAUUAAGUAAGAAAGAAUUAAGUUAUGAUUAUUUUGAUGAUUAUGACUAUGCGGAUCCAACCGACUACGGCAACGAGAAAUUACUUUGGGGAAAGGAAUCGAGCGGACACUGGUGUGAUCCUCCGCAGUUGAAUGCUUCAGCUGGAGAUCGAAUUGUUUUGCAUAAUACUUUUAUUGACAACAACUCCAAAGGACAGAACAGUGUCUUUAUGCGAUGCAUAAUGGACGAUAAAUCGUUGGUAGGUGAAUGGAUUGUAUUUGGAUUAGAAUUUUUGAGAACUUUUGCUCAACCAAAAUGCAUAAAUAAUGCUCCAAAUUUUAUUGUUUGCCAUCCGCCGCCAUUUGAUCCAACAGAAAUCGUCUACAACGAAACAAAAUUUGCUAGAUUCUAUCAGUUUAAUCAGAUUCUUUCGAUAAGAUGUGCGAAGAGCAAUCGUAUUCUUAUACCGAAAAAUGAUCAUAUUUUACGUUGUAGCGUUUAUGGUUGGAUUUACGGGAAAAAAAAUGAGCGAAUAAUCGACAAUAUGCCUCGUUGCAUUAUGAAUAUGAGUUGUUCAUUGCAACAAAUACCUGAUUCAUUAUUAUAUACAAUUAAUGGUUCACACUGUGAUUCGAGAAACACAAGCUGCCCAGCAUCCAACAUUCCAUUACCCAUUGGAUUUCAGGUUAGUUUAUACUGCAAAGAAAGCAAAUUACGACUUGUUGGUGAAACAUUUUUCACUUGUGUUAAAUCAGAAAAAUCAGAAAGAGGUGAAGGCUCCUUUUGGCAACCACGAAAAUGGCCGAUAUGUGCACCUAAAUUGAAUUGCAUUACGCCUUAUAUUCAUCAUGGAGAUUAUAUUUCCGAUGGCAAAUUGAAAGUUUUCGAAUCAGGAAUAAAAGUUACAUUUGAAUGUUUCGAGGAUCACAGCCUAAUUGGAAGCAGAAUUGUUGAAUGUAAGGAUAAUGGACUCUGGAAUGAUACAUUACCGACAUGUAUCCAGGGUUUAAGUGAACGAUAUCCUCUUGAACUGAUGUUUUUGUUUUACUGCUGUAAUGGCAAUUUGUCUAUCGGCAAAGAGUUUAAGAAAAAGUGA